UCAGAAACUCCUGUGAACAGAACUCCUCCCUCCACAUCCAACAACAUCAUGACCAACUCCUGCUGCUCCCCUUGCUGCCAGCCCACCUGCUGCAGGACCACCUGUUGCAGGACCACCUGCUGGAGACCAAGCUGUGUGACCAGCUGUUGCCAGCCCUGCUGCCAGCCCAGCUGCUGUGGCUCUAGCUCCUGUGGCUCCAGCUGCUGCCAGCCCUGCUGCCAAACCACCUGCUGCAGGACCUGCUUCCAACCAAGCUGUGUGAGCAGCUGCUGCCGCACACCCUGCUGCCAGCCCUGCUGCUGUGUGUCCAGCUGCUGCCAGCCCUGCUGCCAGCCCAGCUGCUGUCAGUCCAGCUGCUGCCAGCCCAGCUGCUGUCAGUCCAGCUGCUGCCAGCCCAGGUGCUGUAUCUCCAGCUGCUGCCAGCCCUGCUGCCAGCCCAGCUGCUGUCAGUCCAGCUGCUGCAAGCCCUGCUGCCAGCCCUUCUGCCUCAACCUGUGCUGCCAGCCAGCCUGCUCUGGACCUGUGACCU